AUGAAGAUGAACGCUAAUGACAUUAAGGUGGCCGUUGUUGUCGACCCCGUCCUUGGAAAUAUCCUACGACCGCAUCAAAGGGAAGGCGUCAAGUUUAUGUAUGAUUGUGUUACGGGCAAACAGAUUGAAAACGCGUACGGGUGCAUUAUGGCCGACGAAAUGGGAUUGGGGAAGACAUUGCAGUGUAUAACUUUGCUGUGGACUUUGUUGAGGCAAAGCCCCGAAUGUAAGCCUACAAUCAGUAAGGCUAUUAUAGUGUGUCCAAGUAGCUUAGUCAAAAACUGGUACAACGAGAUUGGCAAAUGGCUGGGCCAGAGGAUAAAUGCAUUACCAAUGGAUGGUGGAAGCAAAGCUGACAUAACACUAAAACUACAGCAGUAUAUGAACACUUUCACUGCUAACAGGGUUGCAACACCUGUAUUAAUAAUUUCAUAUGAAACUUUUAGGAUUUACUCCAGUAUUUUGCAUUCAUCUGAAGUAGGGUUGGUGCUUUGUGAUGAAGGCCAUAGACUUAAAAAUAGUGAGAAUCAAACAUAUCAAGCUUUAAUGGGCUUAAAAGCGAAAAGGAGGAUACUUAUAUCAGGAACACCCAUACAAAAUGAUCUAACUGAAUACUUUAGUUUGGUGCAUUUUGUGAAUGAGGGGAUUUUGGGAACGGCACAGGAAUUUAAAAAGAAGUAUGAGAACCCUAUUUUGAGAGGCCAAGAUGCUUUAGCUACUACUCAAGAGAGAGAAAGGGCACAGGAAUGUCUUCAAACUUUAACAUCAAUAGUCAACAAGUGCAUGAUUCGCAGAACAAGCAGCUUGCUCACAAAAUACUUGCCUGUUAAGUUUGAACAAGUCAUUUGUGUCAAAAUGACUCCACUCCAAACCCAAAUAUAUAAGAACUUCAUUAAUUCUGAUGCAAUUAGAAACAAGUUUUCUGGCAAUGGUGACAAGAAUACACUCAGUGCUUUAUCCAGCAUUACAACAUUGAAGAAACUGUGUAAUCAUCCGGAUUUGGUGUACGAUAAGAUAAUAGAGAGGUCUGAGGGAUUUGAAAAAGCCAGAGAUUUAUUACCUACUAAUUAUGACAUCAAAGAUGUCAAACCAGAAUACUCUGGCAAACUGAUGAUUUUGGAUUGUAUUUUGGCAAAUCUAAAAACUAAUACAGAUGAUAAGAUUGUCCUUGUAUCUAACUAUACACAGACCCUUGAUUUAUUUGAGAAGUUAUGUCGUAAAAGAUGCUACCAAUAUGUGAGGCUUGAUGGUUCAAUGACUAUUAAGAAAAGAGCUAAAGUAGUAGAAAGUUUUAAUGACAAGGAUUCAAAGGAGUGGAUAUUCAUGCUUAGUUCAAAAGCUGGUGGCUGUGGCUUAAAUCUUAUUGGGGCUAACCGUUUGAUCAUGUUUGACCCAGAUUGGAAUCCCGCCAAUGAUGACCAGGCCAUGGCUAGAGUGUGGCGUGAUGGACAGAAGAAACCAUGCUACAUAUAUAGGUUAUUAGCCACAGGAACAAUAGAGGAGAAAAUUUUCCAACGUCAAGCCCAUAAGAAGGCAUUGAGUGAUACAGUCGUCGAUCAAAACGAGGAGUCGCUCAGGCAUUUCACUUCUGACGACUUGAAAGAUCUUUUCCGUUUGGAAGAGAACACAUUGUCAGAUACACAUAGCAAGUUCAAGUGCCGUAGGUGCGUUAACAAUAUCCAAGUAACAUUGCCCCCUGAAAAUUCGGAUUGUACGUCCGAUUUGUCUAACUGGUACCAUUGUGCGGACAAAAAGAAUCUGGCUGAUCUUGUUUUGAAACAAUGCUGGGACUUGGCCAAGAGUAUAUCCUUCGUGUUUCACCAUCGCUCAGCGGAGACCGAAGCAAAACUAAUAGAUAAUGAAGAUAAGGAGAAUGUGCAACAGAGUAAGAGAAGAAAAAUUGAAGUUGAUGAGGAUUACUCUGAACCCGAUGACAGCAAUGAUGAAGAUUACAAG